AUGAGACUCGGCUCAGAGACAAUCGCCCUCCUGACCCGGACCAUCGACACCCUAGACCACCAGACCUCGCACGCCCAGCACGCACUGCUUUCCGUCGAGGAGCUCAAGUGCGCCCUGCUGCAGCUCAUGGCUACGGUCGAGGCGGCGGGGAAGCCCGCGGAGGCCGAGAGGGUGUGGGCGGAGGGGGAGAAGGCGAACAAAACGAAGGUGGAGGUGGAGAGGGUAGAGAGGGAGACGGAGAGUGUCAAGGCAGAUGCGGACAGGGCUUGGAAGGAGGCUGAGAGGUCGGUGGGGGAGACGGAGACGUUGAUGGUGGAACUGGGGGGGCUGGGGGGUGGGGGGUGGGAAGCUGAGGGUGUAGGUGGAGCGCGUCAAGAGUGA